AAAAGUGAAGACCUUUGGUUCCUCUGAGAGCUUUAGGGGAUCAUAUCAACGAGAUCAAAGACUUCUCCCCAGAAAGAGAGAGAGACUUAGAGAGAGAAAGAGAGAGAUGGGAAGGGCUCCUUGUUGUGACAAGGCAAAUGUUAAGAAGGGACCAUGGUCACCAGAAGAAGACUCAAAGCUCAAAGAAUACAUUGACAAAUAUGGUACUGGGGGAAAUUGGAUCGCUCUCCCUCAGAAAGCUGGUUUGAAGAGAUGUGGAAAAAGCUGCAGAUUGAGAUGGCUUAACUAUCUGAGGCCAAACAUCAAACAUGGAGAAUUUUCUGAGGAGGAAGACAGAAUAAUUUGCACCCUCUUUACUAGCAUUGGAAGCAGGUGGUCGAUUAUAGCAGCUCAGCUGCCAGGAAGGACCGACAAUGAUAUCAAGAACUACUGGAACACCAAGCUGAAGAAGAAGCUCAGGGAUAUGCAGACUCAUAUGGCUCCUCCUUCAUUAACAACUUCUCAGAGUCAUAGAUCAAACCCUCCCCCAUUUCCUGUUUCUUCUUCUCUUCACCAAUUUCAAAACCAACCAUUUCAUCAUCAACCUCUCUCACUCAUGCACAAAGACCUUAACAUGAUGACUUACAGUACUUACACCCCAACCUUAACAAGCCCUGCUACUCCGGGAUCUUUCUCAUCAGGCUUUGAAAUAAUGCCAAACAUUUCAAACCCUCUCACCAACUACUCCUCCCUUUUUCAAACUCAAGAGUGCCUUGUGGGUUCCAUGCACUACAAUCACCCAGCUGUGAAGAAAAAUCUAAACCUCAUCAUGUUUGGAAGUGAAGGAAGCUGCAGUACUUCAUCUGAUGGGAGCUGUAACAACAAUCAGAUCAGCUAUGAGUCCAGGCGAUCAGGAAAUAUCAAACAAGAGGAAAUGGGUAUGGGUUUUCAGCUUGAAGAUCCGAACCAGAAGUUCAUGAUGCUUAACUAUGGAAACAGUAGUAGUGCUGCAAUAUCAGAUGAUCAUCAUAACUAUAUCAACAACAACAACCAAUGGGGUGAGAGGCCAAAUGGGUACAAUGGUAAUAAUACCCGUUUCGGAGAUUAUGAUCUUGAAGAUGUUAAGCAGCUGAUUAGUAGUAGUAGCACUGAUAUUAAUAUCAAUAUUAAUAAUGAUAAUGGGUCUAUAUCUAACAGCUUGUUCAGUGUUGAUGAAAACAAGACUGAUCAUAAAGAGAAGGUGAUGUAUUUCUACUGAAUUAAAUGAGUGCCUACUGACUGUUGUAAGUAGAAUCAGAAAGAUUUGAUGGGUUAAGUGAGGGAGGGCAUGGUGGUGCUGAGAUGUUUCUCAGAAAAGUCUCAUGAAUAUCAGUACU